AUGUCUCAAACAUCUGGUUUCGUAAAGAAGUUGGCAGCUAAUGAUCGUAAAGUAAGAGAUGCUGCUUUUGAAUCGUUAAGGAAAUAUUUAUCAUCUCGUUCCUCUUCCAAAUUGACUUUGUUAGAAAUGGAGAAACUAUGGAAAGGAUUAUACUAUUCGAUGUGGUUAUGUGACAGGCCUAGACCACAAGAGAGAUUAGCUGAAAGCUUAGCACAAUUAUAUUCAGAAGUGAUUCCCGUUGCAGCUUUCAGUGAUUUCACAGAGGCCUUCUGGGUGAUCAUGAUAAGAGAAUGGCCAAAUAUCGAUCAAUGGAGAGUAGACAAAUUCUACUUACUCAUAAGAAGAGUGUUGAGACAUAAUUUUAAACGCUUGAAGAAUGAGAAAUGGUCAUCAAAGCUCGUAGAUUCAUUUUUGUCUAUUUAUGAAAAACAUCCAUUGAGCGGUGAUAAAUCAGUAAGUGUUGCAUUACCAUACCACAUUUGUGAUAUUUAUCUUGAUGAAUUAGAGUUAGUGAUAUUUGAAGAAUUGAAGGACAAACAACAGGCAUUGGACGAACAAGAAAAGAAAGAUAUGACAAAAUACCAAGAGUUAGUCAAACAAAAGAUAGAAAUUGCUUCUGAGAUUCCUAUUCAAAAAUUGAUAGCUCCAUUUCAAAAAUUAAAUAAGGAUUGUCCUUUAAAAACUUUGAGAGAGAAGUGUAAAGAAGAAGUUUUGGAUGAUGAGAGAUUAAAGGAUUGGGGUGUUUUUGAAAGCGAGGAUAGCGAUAGUGAAGAGGAGGAAGAUGAUGAUGAUUGGGAAGGAUUUAAUUAG